UUUAUUGUUUUUCUUUUCGUGUUUGGCAUGCUUGCUGUAAAAAUUAAAACAAUUUUCCAGUUUUUCAUGUUAAAUUUAUUAUAUUUUCGCCCUUAAAAUGCCAAGAGCUGGCGCCUUGUUUGCCGAAGAAUCGGAUUCUGAGUCGGAAAUUAAAACUGAGAAUGAAUACGCGAAAAAUUACGAUAACUGGAGAAAGAAAGAAGAAUUAAACAAACUUAAAACAAAAUAUGGUGACACAGUACUGGACUCCAAUGAAUCAUCUAGUUCCUCAGAUGAUGAUGAAGAUGCUGCAGAGCUUACAGAAGAAGUCGAAAAAGAGUUUUUCAAAACACUUUCUUAUUUAAAGAAAAAAGAUCCCAAAAUCUAUGAUAACAAUGUGAGUUUUUUCAAAGAUACAACUGAGAACAUUAAAAAGGAAAAAAAGGUGAAAGAACAACCUAUGUACCUGAAAGAUUAUGAAAGGAAACUACUGUUGGAAACUGGUGGAGUUUUAAGUGAGGACGAGGAUGGAGAUAAACCAAAACCAAAAACUUAUGUUAAAGAACAGGAAGAACUUAAGAAGGAACUAAUUCAACUGGGAUCAAGAAUUGAUGAUGAAGAGGAAGACGAAACAGGUGGUUUGCUUCAGCUGAGAAAGAAAACUAAGGAGGAAGAGAAUAAAGAUGAAUCAGAAUAUUUAAAAUGGUUGUCAGGACAAAAGGAUGAGAUUGCUGACAAUGAAAUUCAGUCUGAACUGAAACCUUUAAAAGAGUUUUGGACUGACCCUAAGUUAGAUAAUGGAGAAAAGUUUUUGAGAGAUUAUAUUUUAAGUAAAAGGUACUUAGAUAAGGAUGAUGAAAACUAUGUGCCAACGUAUGAUGAAAUAAUCCAUGAUUCUGAUAACAGUUUAUCAGGUGAUGAGGCUGAGAUUGAAAAACAAGAAGAAUUUGAACACAAAUACAAUUUCAGGUUUGAAGAGCCUGAUCAAGAAUUUAUUAAACGGUAUCCCCGAACAGUAGAACAUUCUUUAAGAAAAACAGAUGAUAAAAGGAAAAUUAAGAGGGCUGAAACAAAGGAGAGAAAGAAAAAGGAAAAAGAAGAAAAAAUGACUGAAAUUAAACACAUGCAAGAGCUAAAAAGGAAGGAGAUAGAAGAGAAAAUUGAGAAACUCAAAGAAGUUACAGGAGCAACUGAUGUGGCAUUCGCUGAAGAUGACAUUGAUGGUGAUUUUGAUCCAGAAGCACAUGAUAAAAGAAUGCAAGCACUUUUCAAUGAUGACUUUUAUGAAGGACCCGAGACUGACCAGAAACCUGAGUUUCCUGACAUUGAUGAGGAAUUGGAAAUUGAAAACUGGGAUCACUGGGAUGGUAAUGAAAACUUUGAUGAUGCAUCAGGGCCACAUUGUGAAGAUGAAAACUUUAAUAUGGAUGCUGAUUAUGACCCCUCAACAUCAUUAAAACAAGAAUUAAUCGAAAACUCCAAAGGCAAAAAGAAGCGAAGAAGAAAAUCAAAAGUGGCUGAAGCACUUAGCAAACCAAAACCGAAAAUCGAUCCAAAUGACAAAAAUUAUGAAAAAUACUUUGAUGAAUAUUAUAAGUUGGACUGUGAAGAUAUAAUUGGAGACAUCCCUUGUAGAUUUAAAUAUAGGGAGGUGGUGCCAAAUGACUUUGGAUUAAGUGUGGAAGAAAUUUUAUUAGCAAAAGAUAAGGAACUAAAUCGGUGGUGUUCAUUAAAAAAAACGGUACAACGCAGGCCCGAAAACAUCGAAAGAUACGAUCAAAUAGCGUAUUCCAAGAAGGCUAAUAAUAUUGCUUUAAAAAAGAAGUUGUUGCCCAGCUUGUUCUCUGAGGAACCAGAUCAAGAGCAAAACGUCGAAACGCCUUCGAAGCAUGGUGAAACAUUUGUCAAAAGUGAGACUAGUAGUGGAAGUAAAAGUGAUAAUGUCGAGAUGAAAAAAGAAGAAAUAAAGUCUAGCGAAACCUUGGUGGAAAGUGAUGGUCAGCCGCAAAAAGUUGAAGAGAAAAGUGCUGUUGCAAAAGAAGAAAAAAAGAAAAGGAAGAAGAAGAAGAAGAAAACUAAGAAAAAAGUAGGUGAAAAUGAAGUUGUUAAUAAUGAGUCUACUGUGGAAGUAAAGACUGCUCCUACCGAAAAUAUUGACAACAAAGCUACUAGCCAGCAGAAUAACAAAAACAAAAAACGAAAACGAGCGAAUUCAGAAGGAACCAAACAAGAUAAAAACAAAAAAAUUAAAAAGAAAGUGGAUAUUGGAUUAUCAGAUGCCAGGUUGUCAGCUUUCGGAUUAAAUCCUAAGAAAUUCAAAAAUAAAUUAAAGUACGGCAAUAAAGAUAAGAAACAGAAAAGCUAAGUUAAAAUAUUGUUUGUUAAGUGUAAAGUAUAGUUAAUUGUUUUAAAAAAAUAUAUUUUAUAAGUCAAAAA